UCCGUACAUUGCAUUAUGUGGUAAAGUGGGUCAGAUAAAUUUCAGUGUAAUGAGGUCUGUGGCUAUGUUGCAAAACGAUUGAUUUAGUGCUGAAUUUGUUAUUAUUUGAAGCGAUACAUAUAAGCAUGGAUCCAUCAGAAAUGGAUUCUCUAGAUGGGGUAAGCAGCAACUCGAGCAUGUCAACAGCUGCCAGUAUGAACAUGGGGAUGUCGCCCUCAAUGGGAGUCAGCUCCAUGGCACAGAUGGGGUCCCCACCAGACAUUAAGCCAGAUAUAAACUCUCUAGUUUCACCUUCAUUUUAUCCCUACGGAAUUCAGCACCCUAUGUCCCAGUCACAAGCUUCCCCUGGGUCCCAGCCCAUGAUGUCGCCAGGUUUGCACUCACCCUCUUCCUCAGUUACAUCCCCCUCCAUGAUGUCCAUUGGUUCACCUGGGUCUGCAGCCUCACCCCCGGGGACAAACCCACACAUGCCACACAGUAAUCUCAACAGUAAACAUAUCUGUGCUAUUUGUGGAGACAGAGCUUCAGGGAAACAUUAUGGAGUUUACAGUUGUGAAGGUUGCAAAGGAUUUUUCAAAAGAACAGUGCGAAAAGACUUGACGUAUGCUUGUCGAGAUGAUCGUAAUUGCAUUAUUGACAAGAGGCAGAGGAACCGAUGUCAGUACUGCCGAUACAUGAAGUGUCUGAACAUGGGGAUGAAGAGAGAAGAUGUUAAAUGCAGCACUGAUGCAGGGCGCCAAGGAUCAUCUGUCCAAGAGGAGAGACAGAGAGUGAAGGAGAAGGGGGAGGGGGAGGUGGAGAGCACCAGCAGUGCUAACUCGGACAUGCCUGUAGAGAAGGUCCUGGAGGCUGAAUUAGCCGUGGAACCAAAGACAGACACCUAUAUAGAUGCUCAGAAAGAUGCAGUAACGAAUAUAUGUCAGGCAGCAGACAAGCAACUGUUUACACUGGUGGAGUGGGCCAAACGAAUACCUCAUUUCACCGAGCUGCCUCUAGACGACCAGGUUAUACUACUGAGAGCAGGUUGGAAUGAGCUACUGAUAGCUGGUUUUUCACAUCGAUCGAUUGUCGUUAAGGACGGUAUACUGCUAGCCACUGGUCUACAUGUACACAGAAGUAGUGCUCACCAAGCUGGUGUCGGAACCAUUUUUGACCGUGUCCUCACAGAACUUGUCGCUAAAAUGCGAGAAAUGAAAAUGGAUAAAACAGAGCUGGGAUGCUUAAGAGCUAUAGUUCUGUUUAACCCAGAUGCUAAAGGGCUUUCUGCUGUUUCUGAGGUAGAACAACUGAGAGAGAAAGUGUAUGCUUCACUUGAAGAAUACUGUAAAACGCACUACCCUGAUGAACCGGGGCGAUUUGCCAAACUACUGCUUCGAUUGCCUGCACUUAGAAGCAUAGGGCUCAAGUGUUUGGAACACUUAUUCUUUUUCAAAUUAAUAGGUGAUACUCCGAUAGACACUUUCCUCCUAGAAAUGUUGGAGAGUCCCUCCCCAAGCAGCACCUGAUGAGGGGGUGCCACGCCCCCCUGGAGCGAGUGAAGAGGAGACAUUUUCUCGUAAAUGUUGUCAAGGCAACUCUAGUUUUUAAACCUUGAAUUACUUCUGAUGAGUUUGUCUAUAAAGCCAGCUCUGACAGACUCAGUUUAUGUACAGGAUCAGUUUAUGUCUGAUACUUUAGAUACAGUUAGACUAUCCUCCCCGGUGUCAGGCUAUAUAUAGUGCUAAAAAUAUCACAUUUAACAACUUCAAAAUUACACAAUUAAGUAUCAUGAAAAUAUAUGAUAUUUUUUAUCUGAUAUCUCUUAAAUCAAAAUGUAUUAAAUAUGAUACAGCUGUGAUUAUACUAGUAUAUGAUAGUCAGAGGUAAUUCUAGAUGAAACAUCAAAAAAGUCGUAUACAUUCACAUUUCAUAUGAUUCAUGUCCUUUUGACAAGUAUUCCUUUUUUUAGGGAAAUUGUCAAACACAAUUGCAGCUGGGAUUUUUUGUAAGAUUGGUUUAUGUGACAUUUUAUUGAAAUUGUUUUCAUUUAUUCUCAUAAAUGAAUUGACUUACUCCUGUUGAUAACAUAUGGCACAUAGUACUGCCUCCUGAAUCAUGUCAAUGAAUGAAUGAGUAAAUGACAUCUUCUGAAAUAACUCUGAUUCAUCAACAAUAUAAAUAUAGAAGAAUGCAUUUAUUAUAGAUUACAUAUUUAUCUUAUCGAAAAUUCAGUGAUAAUUGAAAAUUUAAGAAUGUGACCUUUUUACCAUGAAAAAUGAAAAUUGUUCAAAUAUUUUUUCCAUUUGUGAAUUGAAAUGCAAGUUUUGGCAAGAAAUUUUAUGAUAUAUGUGUGGUUCAAGAUAUUCUCUUAUGUAACAUAUAUGUGUUAAAUGAUUGCUGUUUAAAAAAUGGGGAUAUAAGAAAAUACCCACUAUUGGUCAAAUUAAGUGUUAAAAGAAACGAAUUGGCAAAUAAUCACGAAUGUUUAAUUUCACUAUGUUCGCGAUUUAUCAUUUUUCCGCGAAAUUAAACCCAUCAUGAAUGCUAUUAUUAGUUUUAAAAACAUUUAAAUGCUUAUAUGAAAUUUGAAUUAAUUUCUUGCAGCGUGAAAUUAAAACCUUCGCAAUUGGUACUUUCUGAGGUAUUGUGAAAUUUAAACGCAGUGGAAUUAAACCAAUUUACAGUA